GAAAAAUCACAGUUUUUGAGUUCUCUAAUUGGAUAGAACACCAAACAGCCCUUAUUUACUUUUUGGAGCCAACUCCCACCCCCCCUCUCCCACAACGCACGUCACAAAUAUUCAUAUUUGUUCUGGUGCUCGGAAUCCUCUGAGAGUGAGCAUUCUCUCACAGGACACAACACUCAGCAAAAACCACAUUCCUUGUGAAUUAGCAGCCGCACUUCCUUCGUUGCCCUAACCCUAAACUACCUCUCUCUCUAUCUCUCACUGAAACCAUGGGCAAAGCCGUCGUCUCUGACGAAGAAGAUGAGGUCGAGCUCGACGAGGACGAGAGGGAACCCCAUCACGGCGACGCAGUCGAUGACCGGGAUGGCGACGAUGAAGACGAUGAAGAAGAAGGGCCAGAUGAAUAUGAGAAGGAUGAUUUUAUAGUAGAUGAUGUUGAUGAAGAAGAUGAGCAAGAGGAGGAAGAAGAUAGGGCAGACAGUGAUGAAGAGAGGCAGAGGAAGAAGAAAAGAAAGAAAAAAGAGGAGUAUGUCCUUGAUGAAGAUGACUAUGAGCUCCUAGAGGACAAUAAUGUGAUUGCCCCCCGAAGGAAGGCUGGGAAAUUUAAGCGGCUGAAAAAAGCUCAGAGGUAUGGUGAGGGGGAGCCUGGUGGAUUAUCUGAUGAGGAGGAGUUUGUUGGUAGUGGUAAAAGUGGAAGAACUGCGGAGGAGAAGCUUAAGCGUACCUUAUUUGGUGAUGAUGAAGGUCCUCCACUUGAGGACAUAGCUGAAGAAGAGGAACCAGCAGAAGCAGAAGAUGAUGGAGAAGUUGGUGAAGAGGAUGAAAUGGCAGACUUUAUAGUUGAUGAAGAGUUUGAUGAGACUGGAGCUCCUGUGAGACAGAGGAAGCUUAAAAAGAAAAAAUCUAGGCAGGCACCAGGAGUAUCAUCCUCUGCUUUGCAGGAAGCCCAUGAAAUAUUUGGUGAUGUUGAUGAAUUACUGCAGCUCCGUAAGCAAGGCUUGGAUUCCAGUGAAUGGAGGGAAAGGAGGCUUGAAGAUGAAUUUGAACCAAUUGUUCUUUCUGAAAAGUAUAUGACAGAGAAGGAUGACCAGAUCCGGGAGCUUGAUGUUCCGGAAAGAAUGCAGAUAUAUGAGGAAAGCACUGGUUCUCCUCCACUGGAUAGAAUUAGUAUGGAUGAUGAGAGUACCUGGAUUUAUAAUCAACUUGCAAGUGGUACAGUACCUUUGUUUAGCAAGACAGGCUUGGGGAAUUCUAUAAGCAGGGAUGACAUCAUCAGAUUUUUGGACUUGCAUCAUGUGCAGAAGUUGGACAUUCCCUUUAUUGCCAUGUAUCGGAAAGAAGAGUGCCUAAGCUUAUUGAAAGAUCCUGAACACCUUGAGUUGGAAGAUGAAAGUCAGGAUAAAAAUGACAGGCCAUCUGUACUCAAGUGGCACAAGGUGCUUUGGACCAUUAAGGAGCUGGACAGAAAAUGGCUGUUGCUUCAGAAGCGGAAAAAUGCUUUACAAUCUUACUACAAUAAACGAUUUGAGGAAGAAUCUCGACGUAUAUAUGAUGAAACCAGACUUAAUUUAAAUCAGCAGCUUUUUGAAUCAAUUAUGAAGUCGCUGAAGGCUGCAGAAUCAGAGAGAGAGGUUGAUGAUGUUGACACCAAGUUUAACUUGCAUUUCCCUCCGGGUGAGGCAGGAGUGGAUGAGGGACAGUAUAAGAGGCCCAAAAGGAAAUCACUUUAUAGCAUCUGCAGUAAGGCUGGCUUGUGGGAGGUGGCAAGCAGGUUUGGUUACAGCUCUGAGCAGUUUGGACUGCAAUUAUCUCUAGAAAAAAUGAGAAUGGAUGAGUUGGAGGAUGCUAAGGAGACCCCAGAGGAGAUGGCUUCAGACUUUACAUGUGCAAUGUUUGAGAAUCCUCAAGCUGUGCUCAAAGGAGCUAGGCAUAUGGCAGCUGUUGAAAUAAGUUGUGAGCCAUGUGUCAGGAAGUAUGUUCGAAGCAACUACUUGGAUAUUGUUGAGUUAUCAACAAGCCCAACACCUGAUGGAAAUGUGGCAAUAGAUGCUUUUCAUCAGUUCGCAGGGGUGAAGUGGUUGCAAAGAAAGCCAUUAAAUAGAUUUGAGGAUGCGCAAUGGCUGCUUAUCCAGAAGGCUGAAGAGGAGAAGCUUCUCCAAGUUACUAUUAAGUUGCCAGAAGACAGAUUAAAUAAGUUGAUAAGCGACUUCAAUGAGUACUAUCUUAGUGAUGGUGUUAGUAAAUCUGCACAACUGUGGAAUGAGCAGCGGAAGUUGAUAUUGCAGGAUGCCCUUUUUAAUUUUCUUUUGCCUUCAAUGGAGAAAGAAGCAAGAUCCUUGUUGACUAGUAGAGCUAAGAACUGGUUAGUCAUGGAAUAUGGAAAGGUUCUUUGGAAUAAAGUCUCUGUGGGACCAUAUCAGCGGAAGGAAAAUGACGGCUCAGACGAUGAAGCUGCACCAAGGGUCAUGGCUUGCUGUUGGGGCCCUGGGAAGCCAGCAACUACUUUUGUGAUGUUAGAUUCAUCUGGGGAGGUGCUAGAUGUACUUUACACGGGGUCCCUUACUCUACGCUCCCACAAUGUUAAUGAUCAGCAACGAAAGAAAAAUGAUCAAGAACGUGUUUUGAAGUUCAUGACUGAUCAUCAACCACAAGUUGCUGUCCUAGGAGCUGUUAACUUGUCUUGUGUUCGCCUAAAAGAUGAUAUUUAUGAGAUAAUUUUUAAAAUGGUGGAGGAGAAUCCUAGAGACGUUGGCCAUGAUAUGGAUGGCCUAAGCAUUGUAUAUGGGGAUGAAUCUUUGUCUCGCCUGUAUGAAAAUUCUCGGAAUUCAUCUGAUCAGUUACCUGCACAAUCAGGCAUUGUCAAGAGGGCUGUGGCUCUUGGGCGUUAUCUUCAAAAUCCGUUGGCAAUGGUUGCCACACUUUGUGGACCAGGAAGAGAAAUCUUAUCUUGGAAACUCAAUCCUUUUGAGAACUUUCUCACCCCAGAUGAGAAGUAUGCGAUGGUUGAACAGGUCAUGGUAGAUGUCACAAACCAGGUAGGCCUUGACGUAAAUCUGGCUAUAAGCCAUGAAUGGUUAUUUGCACCACUGCAAUUUAUUUCUGGGCUUGGACCUAGAAAGGCAGCAUCUUUGCAGAGAUCGUUGGUAAGAUCUGGCGCAAUAUUUACUCGAAAGGAUUUUGUGACAGCACACGGGCUUGGUAAAAAGGUGUUUGUCAAUGCAGUUGGUUUCUUGCGUGUUCGGCGGAGUGGGUUGGCUGCUAGCAGCAGCCAAUUUAUUGAUUUGUUGGAUGAUACGAGGAUUCAUCCAGAAUCCUAUGCUCUUGCACAAGAAUUGGCCAAAGAUGUUUAUGAUGUGGAUGGUGGCAAUGAUGAGGAGGAUGCUUUGGAGAUGGCUAUAGAGCAUGUCAGGGAUCGACCUAAUUAUCUAAAAAACCUUGACGUUGAAGAGUAUGCUAAAACCAAAAAGCGUGAAAAUAAGAUAGAAACAUUUUGUGAUAUAAGGAGAGAAUUAAUACAGGGUUUUCAGGAUUGGCGUAAACAAUAUGAAGAACCAAGUCAGGAUGAAGAGUUCUAUAUGAUUUCAGGUGAAACUGAGGAUACCCUUGCCGAAGGAAGAAUUGUGCAGGCCACAGUUCGCAGGGUGCAAGCUCAAAGGGCAGUUUGUGCUCUUGAAUCUGGGUUGACUGGUAUGCUUAUGAAAGAAGACUAUUCAGAUGAUUCCAGGGAUAUUUCUGAGUUAUCUGACAGACUGAAUGAGGGCGACAUCCUCACUUGCAAGAUCAAAUCGAUUCAAAAGAAUAGGUAUCAAGUGUUCCUAGUUUGCAGAGAGAGUGAGCUGAGAAAUAACCGACAUCAGAACACACAGAAUCUUGAUGCCUAUUACCAUGAAGACCGAAGAAGUCUACAGAGUGAGCAAGAGAAAGCUCAUAAGGAGAAGGAGCUCGCAAAGAAGCAUUUCAAGCCAAGGAUGAUUGUUCAUCCUCGUUUCCAGAAUAUAACUGCAGAUGAAGCAAUGAAGUUCUUGUCUGAUAAGGAUCCUGGGGAAAGUAUUAUUCGUCCUAGUUCUCGUGGGCCUUCAUAUUUAACCUUAACUCUCAAGGUUUACGAUGGAGUUUAUGCUCACAAAGACAUAGUUGAAGGUGGAAAGGACCAUAAGGACAUCACAAGCUUACUCCGCAUUGGUAAGACCCUGAAAAUUGGGGAGGACACAUUUGAGGAUUUGGAUGAGGUAAUGGAUCGUUAUGUUGAUCCUUUAGUAGCUCACUUGAAGUCAAUGCUAAAUUAUCGCAAGUUCAAGAGGGGCACAAAAGCAGAGGUUGAUGAACUUUUGAAGAUUGAGAAGUUGGAGUAUCCUAUGAGGAUAGUUUAUUGUUUUGGGAUAUCGCAUGAACAUCCAGGCACUUUCAUUCUCACCUAUAUACGGAGUACAAAUCCACACCAUGAGUAUGUUGGUUUAUAUCCGAAGGGAUUCAAAUUCAGAAAAAGGAUGUUUGAGGACAUUGAUCGGCUUGUAGCAUAUUUUCAGCGCCAUAUUGAUGACCCUCAGCAUGAGUCAGGACCAUCAAUUAGAUCAGUUGCUGCUAUGGUGCCAAUGCGGAGCCCUGCAACUGGUGGUUCAACUAAUGAGGGUGGUUGGAGAGGCCAGUCUUUUGACAGGGAUCGGUCAUCUACGCCGAGUUCACGAACAGGCCGAAAUGAUUACAGAAAUGGUGGCAGUAGAGAUGGACAUCCAAGUGGCCUACCUAGACCAUAUGGUGGCCGUGGCCGUGGUCGAGGAACAUAUAACAACAGAGGAAAUAGCACCGGCAAUGAGAGGCAGGAUUCUGGUUAUGAUGCUCCAACAUGGGGUGCAGAUUCCAAAGACAGGGAUGAUGGCUUGGGCAACUUUCCUGGUGCAAAGGUCCAAAACUCACCUGGAAGGGAAGCUUUCCCUGGUGGUUGGGGUGCUGGUGGGAGUGGCAGUGGAGGCAGCAAUUGGGGUGGCGGCAGUGGCUGGGGUCAAGGAAGUGGUGGAGCAGGAGGGUGGGGUGGAGCUGGUGCAAAUGAUGCUGCUGCUGAUAAUGGGACUUCAGGAUGGGGUUCAGACCUGAAAAUAAAAGGUUCGGAUAAUGGGUCUUCGGGAUGGGGUUCUGAACCCAAAAGAGGCGGUGGCGGUGGUUGGUGAAGAGACUAGUACAUUUUGUCCCUCCCUCAACAGUUUUCCCGCGACCAAUCUGUGAGGGAUGGUUUUUAAGCUGCUCUUGUAUAUGGUUCUUGAAGCCCCUUUACCCUUUCUGACUCUGUUUGACCAUAAAAGACACUAGCCCAGUUAUGCGAACUUGUAGGAAUUUUUGCUGUGGCAAAGAAAUGUAAUGGAAUAUAUCUCUCGUCUGCCUUGUACGAAUCUCUAUAUUAUUAAAUGAACUAUACAAAAUUUCUCAUUCUC